GAAAAAGUGCCUACGAGACCUCUAUCAAAAGUUUUCAUUCCUGAGUCUAACUUAUGUUGUUGACAUGGCAAUGAUAUUUGUUUUUGUAGCAGGGAGUUUUAUCGAGAAGAUGCAUGACAGAAUAUCGAGAAAGAUGACGUCGUAUAGGCAGUUUCGAAUAUUCCGGAUGGCGCACAGAGGAGACUCCUGUGCGUAGUAGUACUACUAGUAAAAACAUCAGCAGUAGUUGUUUCGAUCAUUUAUCAAAACCUCUUCGAGUGCACAGUUCAAAGGCAAAUGGUAAGAGUUUCACAGCACGAUGAUAGAUACUAGAUACGACGAAUGAGAAUGCACAGACAACAAGUACUUUUACACACUACAUACGAUCAAUCAGAAUUUUGUACAGCCAGCAAGGACGCCUCUUCAUGACUAGAAGAAGGAAGAUCUAUAGUAUACGUUUCUUGGAUCAUAAAGCAGGACUCUUCAACAGCAACCUACAGUAGUUUGACAAAUUUUCGACUUCGAGCGACUGCAUCUUCCACGAUGGAUGCAAAUGGAGACGUGGCGCUACCCAGUGCGCCACUGGGUGAAGAAUGUUCUGGGUUGCGCAUAACGGGCAAUAGCGCUGCGACUAGUUCAACCGACCCCCUGUGGUACAAUACGACGAACCAAGGUAGUGAAACAGUUAUGGCGAUAUAGGGUAGGCUAGGUGCUUUUUGGCGGUUUAAGAAAGAGAUGUUGACUUUGUAGUUUCGUUCACGAAGAAAAUGCUGCUGAAUCAGAUGCCACGGAGUUUGAAUCUUUGCUCGAACGAGACACUUAUGAACUGGGACUCUGUCUCUGCUCUAACCUCGACGCCUGCGCAUCUCUGCUGCCUUCCACGGACGUCCAGCAAGCUGUGUGUCAUUCUAAUAGCAGCGGAAGGCGCCCACGAGUAAGCGAUCGACCAGGCCCACGGAGCACUUGGCGGACAGUGCGACGUGCCGGGUCUGCUGUGAUUUGCUUAGAGGCUGUUUCCGCGCUUCAUCGCAAAGACAAGGACCAAAAACGAGCGAAGACUCCAGCGCAAGUUUUCAGCGGGAAGGGCAAGGACACGUCACCAGCUGAGGAGGCUCAUGGCCCAGCGGCUGAACUCACCGCGAAGGCGGCCGCGCUGAGCUUUGGCGCUGGCGGUGACGUCACAAGAGAAAAAAACAGCGAGGGCAAGGAGCCUCCCAACAGUGGAAAAGCAACGACUGCUGCGGAAGUCAGUGGUAUAGUACUCCUUUGCUUUAGGAAUGACAGACGAUGGGUAACGUGAUGCGUCGCUCUAUCAAUAGUUUCUGAUGUGUAGGCGUGAAGCAACCGAAACCAAGAAUACCGUUCAUUGUUCCAUGAUUUCCUCAUCCGCAAAGCACUCAGCAUCAAACAUCCCGCAGGUGCAUCUGCCCAGAAGUAUCAGCCGCGCCCCCUGUCGGAAGAUAAGAAAGCGAAGCCCGCCGUGGAUGCAGCCAAGAGCAUAGGCGACGGCACUGAUAGGCAGCGCCGCAAUUAUGGAAAAAAAGGAAAAAAAAGCGCAAAGACGGCCUCGCCGGCAAGCAAGACUCUGGGUACUUAUCAUACUUCUCUUCGUUUCCGUCGUAGUAUCUUCGGUUUUACUGACGUUGUACACAAAAGAGGUUCUGCAAGCAUCUUGCAAGGCUGUUUGACGUUUCGUAUUCUACUCAUUAUAACGAACUUGAACUUAUACUCAUUGCCGCUCACUCUCAAUCAGAUAAAACAGCAGCUGCUGGUCGAUCUCAGAGAGUCAUCAAGGCCACUUCUAGCAAAGACGCAGAAAGCAGCGCAGGCGUAACCGGUGGGGGCAUAAUCGACGAUGCGGCGAGCCUUGCGGAGUUCGCAGAUGGCGAAGUUUUAUGAACAAAGUGUAGUAUACCGACUGCAUUGAUUCAUCACCUCUAUACUCAUUUCAAGCUUGGCACUGAGAUUGGGCUCUUUUCUUGUCUAAUAUUGUAAUUGCCUUGGCAACCUUCUAGCGCUUAUGUUCACGCCAACCCGCAUAGGUGAGGACUUGGGAGUGAACUGAACGAAAGACGCAAGUGGCGUAGCCUCUUUCUCGAGUAUUUUUUGUCACGUAUCCAGUGUGUGCUGUUUCUUCUUCUAAAAUGUGCGACGGUGACUGACGCGGCGACGGCCAUGAAGAUGAAGAUGCUGCGGCGCUCGGAGUUGGCUCAUCCGUCGCUCUUGGAGACGAUGAGGGCAUGGGGCAAUCAGGUGCUCGAUGGGUGUAACACAGUGCGACACCGUAUUGCGGGGUUUUUUUGGUCGAGCUCUUCGACGGAGGUUCGCGACGCCGAUAGCAGUCCGCUAGAUUUAUGAGAAGAAUUGAUGACACUGAUAUGAUGCCGUGUUGUAAUUUCUUUCAUUUCCUUCAUGUUCUGACCUUGGUGCGCGUUUGAGAUGCUAAGUUGUGCGUAGCCUUCACUUUCGAAGCCUAGAAGGUAUAUUAAGUAAGUUGUGCUUGUAGGAUUGGGUGACACCGUCCUAAACCCCCUUAGUGCAGUGCCACGCGGUGUUUGCCCACUUUCUCCUUUCAUAUUUUACCGACUCCAUGUGGCUACAGCGAGACCAAGAUCCGCAAGAUCUCUCGUUGCUGCAGCUAGAGAUUGAGGAGUUUUUGAGUGAGGAAGUUGCGGUGGCACCGACCGAGGCCUGCAAAGGUGUUGUGACGGGAGGGUUCGUGCCGGUAGGUCUUAACGACCAAGAACCAGUCGCAGCUGGCGCUCAGCGAUCUUUGUUUUACUGCGAGUGUCCCGCUUGGCAGUUUCCGGCCACAGCGGAGGGCGAUCUGUCGAGCAAACACUGUCAACUCUAUGAAACCAGGAAGGUCGAUAACGGAGGCGCGCAAAACGCUGGCACAAUCAUUGUUCGGGCGACACAGGUGGAGCCUGUCGCGAAGGGGCGCGCAUCGUCCCGCAAGUGGUUUUGCAAAAAGAUGAGAUCCAAGGUCGUGAAAGGGAGAGAUAUUCUCAAAGAGGAUAACAAGAACGAGUGCGCGGCGGCGACGCUUUUCGUCAAGGCGUGGAAUCAGAACAUGAUGGAAUAUCCCGGAGUCUCCGCCGUCGGGACCCCGUUUUGCAUCGACCACCUGAGUCGGGUGAUCGACGUGACGCGGCCUCGUACGCUUUGCGCUGAUGUAAUGUCUCCUGUAGACAACGGUAUGCUCGCUGAAGCGCUAGUCUCGACUGGUGUGGCGCUACAAAAAGCAGUGACAAAAGGCACACUGGAACAGUCCACUACGCUAACAAACGUCGUGUGGUGGACUUGGCAGAGUCUGUGCACACUUCGGGCUAAGAAUAUUUUUCACAGAGAUGUUAAACUUACGGUCUUUGUUGUUUCUGUUGCCGUUUGAUUUGGCUCUCCCAAGGGAGAAAAGCAGAACAAACGGGGAACAGAACCGUCAAAGCCUUUCCUCUAAUAAAGCUGAGAACUUCCUAGCUCUCUCGAAGGGUUCAAACCAGUGGAUACUCGCCGACAUGGGCCUUGCGUGCAGUGUCGGGGAGAGCGAGCCGCCAGUUGGGGUGCAGAAGUGUGGCGGUACGGGGUGGGCGGGGACACUCUACUUUAUGUCCCCGGACCAUUUUUUUCCUGAAGGCAGUUCUUGGCCGCGGGACGGAGACUCGUUCAGCUGGGUGGUCAUGACCACCGACGGCGCCAUGACUGAGUGCAGUGGUCUAGGUGGUCAUGGAGCUGGGCGUAAGUCGGCUAUCGAGAUGCUGCUGGGAUUCGCGGGUGAUUAUGAUGCUCCGUUUUCAGGAGGGGGAUUCGCUCAGGUGGCUCCUCAUAUCAAAAUGUCACAGACAGCGUGUGACAACUAAUGACGCGCCAAGAGCGCAAGAGCCCAAGGGCGGGCCCCUUCUAAGAGCUCCUGACCCGGACGAAACUGGUUUAUUUGCUGCAAAACAAGAAAACGUGCUCAUCACGUUCUAUCUUAUUUAUGGCUCUAUUUUUAUUUCAAUUUUUGCGUACUUGUUCGUUGCAGGUAGGGAAUCGUUAAUCAGUGUGCUUCGUGAAUGCUGCUUAUCGUCAAGCGCUGGAGCCGUGCAUGAUUUACUGAGCGCUCUCAUACCUUCUCAACUCGUCGCUGCCAAAAAGGAAGGAAUGUCGCCAAAUGCACUCGGCAACAUGUUGCUGAAGUUAAGGUGUGUGAGCAUAAGCGCGUCGUCGCUCUCACUUCUUGUUUUGCUCGUCAAUGGUCGUAUGUGAUGUAAAUGUCAUAAGAUUUCUCGUGGGCAGUCAAAGUUCCGAACAGUCCCUCUGGGUUGAUUAUUCCGUCACACUAACUCCCAAACUAUCCUCCUCGCUUCAUUUACAUGGAUGAGUAACCCUAGUCAGAUAGAGAAGCCGGCCACGUCCACGCAAUCGAGAGACAGGAGAGCCCGGCAGGAUAAGAGGCGGAUGGACACGUCGAUGGCCGCCAUCGAAAUGCAGUACAGCAGGAGUAGCGAUAUUCAAUCCAGAUGCGUGGCUGCGAAUUUUGCCCUCCAGAAUACGCAGUUGAAACCUCUGCCAAGUGUAAGUGGCGAGGACCGCAGUGAGGUGCCUGCGAUCGAGCUGAUGGCGAAAGUACUUACGGCUUACGACUGGGAACGUCUCAGUGAUCCCCAAAAGUAUAAGGAAGUUUGUGCGCGAUGAAGAGCAUCAUGACUCAUAAGGUAGACACAUUUUAAUUCAUGACAAUAUGUGUGCCAUUUAAACGUCAAACGGGCUCGACAUAGCAUAUAGACUAACCUGCUCAGUGCAUAAAAAUGACGCUUAUUGUUGUUCGUAAAAACCAGAGGCACUAGGCAUCUUCCUGCCUCGCUGCUAGGCUCAACAUAGAUGAAGUAAGUCAAAGGGUAUGGUUUCACUUUUGCUUUUCCGUACAAAAGUACGCAUAUUUUUCAUUUCAUGUUAUACAGAAUAAAAGUGCUGGGUAUUGGCAUGCAUGACAACACAAACCAUACUAGUAGGACCAGGCUAACAAGACGCCUCUAGUGACUUCUGACAAUCGUGUGGAAGAUGAAUCAUUCAACUGCAUCCGACAACUUCAUUUGAGUUUCACCGCCAAAAAGUUUUUUCUAUAAUACGUCUGAC